AAAAAAAGGACCUCAGGUCAGGGAGAAUGUAUAAAUGUCCAUCGCCAUCAAGGUUCUGCUAUAUUUGAGAAGCUGAAGCAACUCCAAGGACACACGUCACAAGCUGAUUUUUCUUCUCAGCUCCAACAUACGGAUUGAUUUGGGGACCAUUCCUACGACUCUGCGGCGAUAACUCUGAAGAGAGCCUGCGAAGAAGGCAUCGAAGGGGCUUGUGUCGCAGUCCUACUUCCCCAACAUGUGCACUGGGAGCUGUGCCAAGUGCCUGGGGGGCACCCUCAUCCCCCUCACUGUGUGUGGCUUCCUCGCGAACAUCUUGCUAUUUUUCCCUGGAGGAAAAGUCAUAGACAACAAUGACCACCUUUCCAACGAGGUCUGGUAUUUUGGAGGAAUAUUAGGAAACGGGGUCUUGAUGAUCUUUCCUGCGCUGGUGUUCUUGGGCCUGAAGAACAAUGACUGCUGCGGGUGCUGUGGCAAUGAAAGCUGUGGGAAGCGCUUUGCGAUGUUCACUUCCACAAUAUUUGCUGUGAUUGGAGUCUUGGGUGCCGGAUACUCAUUUAUCAUCUCAGCAGUCUCAAUCAACAGGGGUCCGAAAUGUCUCGUGGCCAAAAAUGGCACGUGGAGCUACCCCUUCCAGGACGGAGAUUACCUCGGGAACAAUGACUUAUGGACCCGCUGCCUAGAGCCUGUCGAUGUGGUUCCCUGGCAUCUGACCCUCUUCUCCAUCCUGCUGAUCAUAGGAGCGGUUCAGAUACUUAUCUGUGCCAUCCAGGUGAUCAACGGCCUCCUGGGGACCCUGUGUGGAGACUGCCAGUGUUGUGGCUGCUGUCAGGGAGAUGGACCAGUCUAAACCUCCAUGAUGAGCUGCUCUAACUUGACGGCGUGUGAGAAGACACAUUAAACUUAUUCUUCUCUCCUUGGGGUUGCCAGUUUCUAUCUGCUUCCUAAAUGACAAAGCUUAGGGAGGCCAGAGUUAUUCCUCCUCUUUUCCAACCAGCUCUGCUCAACCUAGAAUUUUAGGUUAGUUUCAAAUAAAAAAUAGUUUGGCCACUUAAGUAAUAUUUAUGAAUCUUUCAAAUUAACUUCCUUUUAGAAUCAAAGAGCAGGUUCAAAGCAAAUAUUUCAUAAUUUUUCUUUAAGAGUGAAAACUAUAUAAGGUCGCACAUACUGCCACACUGCUUCUUUGUAUAUAGAGGUGUUAAUAUCUUUGGAUGUUUUACAGAAGUCAGAGGAGGCAAGCACAUUAAAAAUGAGAAGCUGAGACCAAUUUUUAAGAUCUGUGGGAAAAAAGAAUGACUGAUGUAUCAUAAAUAAUUUUUAUUUGUUUUCUUUUGGGCUAACAUGUUUGAAUUACCUGUAAUUAGUCUUUUGGGCCUGCCAUCAUUUGCUAGGUUUUCCUUAUGUAUAUUAAAUUAAAAUCCGAAUUCAGAGGUAAUA